GCUAAACGCGUACCAACAAAAAACUGUUAAAAUCACGUUUUGCCGGUUUCUCACAUCACACGGCGUGGUCUCAUUUAACAUUAUCGAAAUAUCCGAAAAUGAAUAGCAUCGUAAGAGCCGCUUUGCGUAUAAACGGUUUUAGGCCGCUUUUGAGUUGUACGAAAACGUCGGUCUAUGCGAAAAAUGCCGUUCAACAGCGACAGCUCGCCCGGAAUUUUUGGUACAUGUGCAACGUGCGAAACGAUCACUCCACCGUUUCUUCGACCGUUUUGAAGAGUCCAAGCGAAAUUUGUAGCUGCGGGUGCGGAAAACAUCACGUUCAUAGUAAAGCCGAAAAGGAAUUAGUCGAAUUUUUAACCGAGGAGAUUUUGGCAGAACGGAAAGCACAAAAAGUUAAAGCAAUUCCAACCGAAAUCGAUGGGUUUAAAGCUACGUUAAACGGCUCUGAAAUUACCUUAACUAAACAAGCAGAUAAAGAAACAGUAAAAAUUACUUUUAAUGUAAAUCAUACUGUUGAUACUGAUGGAGAACCAGAAGUUAUGCCAAAUAUGGAUAAAGCAGAAAUUGGCGAAUUAAAAUCAAAACCAUCGUUUAAAAUUGAUUUGAUUAGAGGUGAUGUUACUGUUUGUUUAGUUUGCUCGUUUAUUGGACCAAACGAGCAAGAAGAAGGUUAUAAUGAUAUUUUUGGAAUUGAUGAAGUUAGUAUUUACUCAGGAAGCUGGAAUGAACAAGUUUAUGCCGUUUCUGGAGAAGUAAUAGAUUCUUAUUUAUAUGAUCUUUUAAUGAAUUACUUGGAGGAGAAAGGUAUUUCGAACGAAUUUGUGGAGAAAUUAUCGGAUUAUAGCACAGCUUACGAACAUUCGGCUUAUAUUGGAUUACUUGAAGGUCUCUCGAAGUUUGCUUCAGCUAAAUAAAAAU